CUCCAUGUUUUGCAUUCAUUCCCAUGUCUUCUACUUAACCCUUCGGAGCGCAUGAGUCUCUUCAUUAACCCGGGCUUUGACUUUUCGCUUUUUGAGAUAUGGGGGGCGCUACUGUCUGGUGCAACAAUUGUCAGAGUGCCUAAAGUAAUCAUCACUGACCCGGUUACUCUGGGUAAUUUCCUGGAAAAUGCCAAGGUCAAAGCGAUGAUUAUUCCGACAGCCUUGUUUAACGUUAUUGCUCUUAAUGCGCCAGCAAGCUUCGGUUCUCUACGGCAUGUCCUCGUUGGUGGUGAGACCGUCAAUACCGCUGCGAUGAGGAAGGUCCUUGCCAAUAACCCGCCUGAAUACCUAUGGGAUGCAUAUGGUCCAGCAGAGGCAACCAUCUACGUAACUCUAUGUCGAGUGGAUGAACAGGAGGCAAAGCAUUCACGUAUCAGCAUUGGACGACCUCUUGGACAAACCAAGGUUUAUCUAUUAGAUGAACAGGGCAGACGCAUCACAGACACAGACAAAUGGGGAGAAAUCAGUGUUGCAGGACCUCAAGUGUCUCCAGGCUAUUUGAAUCGACCGAAAGAAACAGAAGAACAUUUUAUAAUUGUUGACGCCUCCGUCAUUGGCGAGGAAUCACCAACUCGCUUGUACCGCACAGGUGAUAUAGGUCAGUGGAGAGACUCUGCCGGAUUCCUCGAUUUCAUCGGCAGAUCGGAUAAACAGAUUAAACGCGCGGGAUACAGAGUGGAACUGGGCGAUAUUGAACGCACUUUGGAGGAUUGCCCAGACGUGCAUUCGUGCGCUGUUAUAUCACACCAAGAGGAGCUGUCAGAAACACUAGUUGCGUACGCCAUUCCCACUUCCUGGGAUAACCUGUUUGAGCCCAGUGGGAUUACUCGUUGGGCAGAAGAAAGGUUACCUCCGUACAUGGUACCUGACCAGGUCCAGCGUGUUCCCAAGUUUCCUUUGACUCCGAAUGGCAAGGUAGACAGAGAUGCUCUCCACCAUAACACAAAGAACCAGACCACAGAAGAGUCUGGUGACAAGGAAACUCCUCACGCAAGCCCUACCGAUGCCUGGCUGCAAUCGACAAUUGCAAAGCUUCUCAAAGUGCCUCAUGUCAAUCCCGACGAUAACAUCUUCCUCCGGGGCCUGACUUCUUUACAAGCAGCUCAACUGAUUGCGCAGAUCAUGCACCAUUACGGGAAAAGGGUAGCACUACAGGACGUGCAUGCACAUCCUACAGUGAGAAGACUUGAAGGGCUUAUUCAAAACACCACAGAUAAGAGGACCUGUGCUUCGGAUACCGUGCGCUGGGAAAUGGAUGCCCAUCUUGCGGACGAUGCACUGAGACUUCCAGACUGGCAAAAUGCCCAGGAAGGCAAAGUUUUUCUUACGGGAGCAACCGGGUUCGCUGGGGCGUAUAUGCUGGCCCGGCUUUUAUCCAUGCAGACUGUCAAAAAAGUAGCCUGCUUGGCUCGAGGGCGGGGCGAACAAACACCAGCGGAUCGCAUUCAGCAGGCCCUGGAGAAGUAUCGGUUGUGGAAUGGCAGCCUCGAGAGGACACAGAAAAUCAUCGUCAUUGAAGGAGACCUGGCAGACGACACUCUGGGUAUGACAGAAGAUCACUACAAAUGGCUCGCCGGGUGGGCCAGCGUUAUCUUCCAUGUGGGAGCAAAGGUCAAUUGGUGCGAGCCCUACGAGGCUCACUUCGAAUCUAAUGUCCUAGGUACACGGAACGUUAUUAAGCUCGCCAGCAACGGCCGACUAAAACCACUCCAUUAUCUCUCCUCUAUUGACUCAUGGAACGUAACUGGAUUCAUUAAUAAAACCAAGCAAGUGCUUGAGGAUGAGCCACUCAAACCCCAUGCAACAUCGUUGCCAUAUGACAUGGGCUAUGCACAGAGUCAAUGGGUGGCAGACGAAAUGGUUCAGAGAGCAAGAGCUCGUGGCCUGCCCACAGCUAUUUACCGGCCAGGCUUCAUACUUGGAGACAGCGAACGGGCCAUUGGAAAUCCCGACGACUUUUUUGCACGCUUUAUUAUGGCGUGCAUCCAAAUCCGAUUAUUUCCCCAUCUUCCUCACCAACGUCUGGAGUACGUCACAGUCGAUUACGUGUGCUCAGCCAUGCUCCAUAUUGCGUCCAAGUUUGAAAAUCUCGGCCGAGCCUACCAUCUGCUUUCACCCGAUCCCGCCCAAUCUGUCAGCAUCGAAGGAACAUAUGAGUUGCUGAUCCGAGCGGGAUUUCCAAUGGAAAAAAUUUCCUACCAUGACUGGGUGAACAAGAUCCAAGAGCACUCAGAAAGUCCCCUGCAGCCAAUGCUCCCAAUGCUGCAGGAGCCGGUAUUUAAGGACUUCACCCGGAUGCAGACAAGUACAGAGACACCCGUGUACAACACUCAGAAUGCCGUGCAAGCACUGGCGGACCGGCCGGAGAUCAAGUAUAUCCCAUUAAGCCAUGAGUUACUAAGACGAUAUGUGGACUUUUGGGUCGAGAGGCAUUACUACAGCCUCUGACAUGAGGUAAUGGGUAAGCGAAUGGGAGCACAACCGAGAUUAGUUAUUGAAUUAUAUGACCGCUUGCCAGAUUAGGAAGACUACGAAUUAGUGCAACACUGCCACCCUUGGCAGAAUAUUCGGUAGCAUUUGAUCGUUCGAAUAGCUUCAAAUUCCACCGCUAUCGAGAAGCAUAAAUAGUAGCUAGAUAGUCAUUCGUUUUAGAAGAAUCAGACCUUCGUUGAUUUUCAAUUGGCCAUAUAAAGUUACUAGUGAUCCAUGAACGUUGCUAGCUUAGCGAAUUCAACAUUAGUUCUUGGUAGGAAUUUUACAAGUAUGCGUAUGGUGUG